UGUUUGUUCUGUGUUUGGUACAUCCAUCCACGGCCACCCUGUUCUAUUUUCCCAUUUCCUUGGGUUCACGACUUGGAGGUCUACUUUUACAUCGAACUACAUGUACGUAGGGCAAUUGCAGUAGCAGUUAGUGAAAUGGCUUGUCGCCUCUUUUCCGCACCUCUCAGAGGUGUUGUUCCCGGCUUGAAAGGAGAUGUCGUUCUUUCUGUGAGGCCUCUGCUGGGAUCUGUUUCCCCUCUGUCGACAACAUCCACUCAAGCUGCAUUGACUCUGGAGCAGCGUGACAAAAUAGCAGCUGGUCCAGGCUUGGAGGACUUCAUCCGUGAGCAUAAUUAUCCAGAUGAACCCGAGCAUCUCAGACGCAAGAAAGGCGAGCGAACGAGGCUACGAUUACCGCCUUGGUUGACUGUCCCGGUACCGUCCGGUUCAGAUUACACUCGUCUAAAGAAGUCCCUAAGGAAGCUGAAGUUGAGCUCUGUUUGUGAAGAGGCACGCUGUCCAAACAUUGGAGAAUGUUGGGGUGGUGGUGAAGGUACUGCCACUGCAACAAUAAUGCUGAUGGGUGAUACGUGUACAAGAGGCUGUCGCUUCUGUUCUGUGAAAACAGCCCGUGCUCCACCACCGCCUGACCCAAACGAGCCCCAAAACACUGCAGAGGCCAUUGCUGAAUGGGGUGUUGACUAUGUUGUUCUAACAUCUGUUGACAGAGAUGACUUACCUGAUGGCGGUGCCAAGCAUUUUGCUGAUACUGUGAGGGAGCUGAAGCGAAGAAAGCCUUCAAUAUUGGUUGAAUGCCUUACCCCGGACUUUCGUGGUGACCUAACGGGUGUCGCAGAAGUUGCUAGCUCAGGCCUCAAUGUCUACGCACAUAACAUCGAAACUGUGGAAGACUUGCAGUGGCUUGUGCGCGAUCCUCGUGCUAAUUUCCGUCAGUCAUUGGCUGUCCUUGAGCAUGCCAAGAAAGUUACUCCAGAUCUGGUCACUAAAUCCUCCAUCAUGCUUGGCAUGGGCGAAACAGAUGGCCAGAUUCUGCAGGCACUCAAAGAUUUGCGCAUGGCUGGUGUUGAUUGUGUCACGCUUGGCCAAUAUAUGCAACCGACAAAGAGACAUAUGAAGGUUUCACAGUAUGUAACACCAGAGAAGUAUGAUUUCUGGAAGAAAGUUGGCGAUGACCUGGGUUUCGUGUACACAGCAAGUGGGGCCCUGGUUCGGUCUUCCUACAAAGCAGGUGAGCUGUUUCUGACGAAUGUUGUGCGUGCUCGCCAGGAAAAGCAUCAAUCUCAAGCUUCCGGAGAUUCAUGAUUUAACGUACACUUUUCUCCGUUUUACUGCUUCAAGUGUAACGUUGUCAAAUGAUUCUAUUUCAAUCAAGGCCAUGACACUACUAUCACUGUAAUAUUGUGGUCAUCCGAGAUACUUCUUACUUCUUAGUAUAUUUUGAAUUGAGACAAAAUAUUCGCCCCUUGUAAUUUACUUUUAGGUGCGCAGGCUCCGCUCCUAUCACUGUAUAAGUCAACCUCUCACAGCUCACAAUACUACGCAUUUCUUCUCUCCAUACAAUACCAUAAGAUGGCUUUCAAUCAGAGUUUAGCUAAUGCUGUGCAUAGCUGUGCUCGUUGUUUCCACACGCUUUUCUACAUCUCACCUGCUUAUGAUUGGUUCAAGGAAUGUAGUUGUGGUCUAAUCUGAAUUAAAGAAAUACAUGACCUUUUCUGACUCAUUUUUAAUGAAUACGAAUAAUCGA